AUGAGGGUCCCCCCAUGCUCCUGGCUGUCCCCAGCAGCUCAGUCCCCACUGGAGGGGCAGCCAGGCCCAGAGCUGGAGGCUCUGCAGGCCCAGACAAGGCUGUGGUUCGAGCAGACUCAAGCCCAGAGGCUGAGGGCCGAGGGUGAGCUCCCGUCCUGGUUCCACGGCUUCAUCAGCAGGAGGCAGACGGAGCAGCUGCUGCAGCAUCGGCCCCUCGGCUGCUUCCUCGUGCGCUUCAGCGAGAGCACCGUGGCCUUCGUCCUGUCCUACAGGGGCCGGGAUCGCUGUCGGCACUUUGUGCUGGACCAGCUGCGGGACGGGCGCUACGUGAUCCUGGGCGAGCGCGGGGGCCACGCCGAGCUGGGAGAGCUGCUGCAGCACCACACCGCGGCCCCCCUGGCCCCCUACCGCGAGUUCCUCACCGUGCCGUGCCCAAGGGGAGAUGAGCCCCAGGGAAGGGCUGUGUGUUCCCCGUCGAGCGAAGCAGCAGCAAAUCCGGCCGUGCCCAGCGCCGAGUGCCAAGGAGCCCCAGGAGCCAGGCUGGCAGCAGUGCCCAGCACCAAGGGAGGCAGAGCCAGGAGGGCUCCUGGCGUCCCCCCGCUGCUCCCAGCCAAGUCCAGCUCCUCAGCCAUGGCUCGGGGCUUGCCCAGCCCCACUGGCAGUGGGGCAGCUCCCCAAGGUCUCUACAGCCAGGUGCACAAAGAAGCCACCCCCCCCUUGCCACCCACGGUGCCAGACCCCAAGUACCAGCAGCUCCUGUGCCCCCACACCUACGCCGAGCCCCAGGGGGGCAGCGCAGCCCGGUCCCAGCAGCUGGCAGAGCCCAUCCCCUUCUAUGCCAUGGGCCGGGGCUCCAGCCCUGAGGAGAACAUCUACUCUGAGGUGCCACUGGCCAGGCAGCAGCUGCCAGCUCCGUGCCCCAAAGGGAGCCAAGGUGCCUUCGCCACGCUGCCACCCAGAGCCCGGCCCCGGCGGCGGCUCCUGCGCUGUGCCUCCAGCCAGCCCUGCCACAGGCAGCUGCCAGCGGUGCCCACGGCAGCCAGCGCGGGCACAGGGACCCCCAGGGCACUGCCAGAGCUUGCCCAGGGCACCCCCAGCCCCGUGCUGGAGUUUGAUGAGGCUGUUUAUGGGCAGAGGACAAGUGUCCCCAGAAGAGCUGGAGCAGGACAGGAGGCAGCUGAGAACCUCUACGAGCAGCUUUCUGGAGACCAUCUCUGA